AUGUCGGUUCCAUCAGACGGAGCAAAGAAUGCUGAUCUUCCUCCCAAUAAGAAGCGGAAGUUGGCGAACCGCGAAAAAAUGAAACAUGCAAUAGCGUACUAUAGAGGCCACAGAAAUGAUAAAUAUCCCCCAUCAAAGGCUUCAAUCGCGGAAAAGUUUGGAUUGAAUAAAACAACCUUCAGAACUGAAUUGAACAAAUUAGCAGCGGAGCUUGGGGAGGAAAUUACUGCAGCCGAGUGCUCUCGUUUGAUGAAUAUACACAAGUAUAGACUACUUGAAGAGGAAGAGCAGGUGGUGCUCGAGCAUAUACUACACCGUGCCAAAAACAAGGUCCCUUUGAAUCAAAAAACUGUUGCUGAAGCAGGAAACUUGCUUUUGUUGGCCAGAGGAUCUGAGCCAGAACUUAGGAAGGCGUGGAUUCGGCUGUGGAAAAAGCGGACCCCAGAAUUACAAAAUGUCAAUUAUCGGGGUCUCGUGGGCUUAUCCAUAGAAUUUCGGCAACAAAUCUCGUCGUGGUUUAAAAAUGCCAAAAUGUUCAUUGAAGCUCUUGAUGGCGACAAGUGCCAAGUAUGGAAUAUGGUAGAGAGUAUCUAUCGAAUUGGUGCUGCCUCGAAACUGUGGGCGAAAGUUCCACUCGAUGACGUGGGGAAUGGAUCCAUUAAUAGUGGAGAAGCCGAAUAUGUAUCAGUUUUGGAGACAGUCUCGGGAGAUGGGAAAGUGUUAACGCCGUUCUUGCUAUAUAAAGGGCAUGACACUCUGUUAUCACGGUACAAACCGGAGAACGUUCCUCCAUUUUAUUAUAGAUCGCUAGAAAAUGGAUUGUUGACACCUGGUACGGCAAUUGAAUGGCUUGAACAUUUGUUUAUUAGAGAGACAGGGGCAGCAAAAAAUGGCAGGACCAUUGGUUUAAUUCUUGAGGAACUGAGUUGCUUCACUACUUCCAGAUUUCAAUCGAUAUGUCGAGAACAUAACAUAUACAUCUUGUACAUUCCCAAAGUGAUGCUGCGAAUUUUUCAACCACUCGACCAAGUACUCCUCUCGGUUAUUCCAAAUGUAUUUCGGGGCCAAUUAUUCAGUAAUGCAAAAGUGACACCGAAUGAUGUUGAUCGAGGAGAAUUUAUUAUCAGCUAUGAUACAAUACGACAAGAAAGAUUGAAACCUCAAGUCAUUCAGCAUGUUUGGAAAAUUGUCGGGCUAUUCCCCUUUGAUUCCAGUCAAGUUUUUGGGGGUAUUACGAAAGAGUCUCGACGAAGUGCUAACAACCUGAUAGUAGAAACCACACUUGAGGAACCUACAGUUCAUAGUGUAGAAGUUCCUUCAAGCUCUGCGGCAAUUGAUGGGACCCAUUUGCUCUCUGCAGAACCCACAAGUGGAGACUUAUUGGAUGAAGAGACUACUAGACCAGUCGUUGAAGAGUUGUCUACAAAUCGUGUCCCAGAAAGCGCCAUGGUACUGAAUGUUGCCGCACCACAAGAAAACAGAUCAACUCAGGAGUCGGCCUCGCAGACUCCAAGCGUAAUAUUCGAGAAACGAUCAGUCCAACCCUCUUUGAGGGAAAAUUUUACAAUCUAUGAUAAGCCGUUGACAAUUGGUCCUACAGCACAAUAUACCAAUUCUCCAGCUUCACGGGCACCACCGACUGCAGUGAUCUUCUACUCAUCCACCCCUUCGGAGACCAUAGUUGAAUCUAACCAGGCUGAUGACGCCGUUACUCAAAAUACUAAAAUUCAAAACAUUGAAACUCGCGACAAAGAAGCUAACGACGAAGAAAAUCGGCAGGAUUCCGAGAAGAGAUUAGUUGAGAGACAAAUUUUGGCGCAUUCCGAAGAUGUGCGUGGUGAAAGAUCGACGGAAGAUUCCGUUGAGUUAAUAACGGAAGCAUCAAAGGGAGCGAAUCUGUCCGCAUCAGAUGGUUUUGUGCCAGUUCUUGACGUACAUCCUAAUGAGGCAACUGAACAUGGUCUCGACGCUUCGCAUUCAGAGCUUCUUACCAGCGAAAAGGGGGUUUGGGGAGGGAAGAUUGACGCAGUAGCUACAGUUGCCUUGACUGAGGAGCCGACUAAACACAAGAGAGAUUGCGACUUAUUUGCCGAGGCAAGGCAACUGACACCUGAUCGCGAUCUGAUACAAGAGGAUGGUCAACAUACAAAAGGAGAUGAUGCAGAGGUUUUUUACUCGCAUACUGAAUCAGCACCAAGGGUAUCACUAGCCGAGCUACUAGCAAAGUCAUCGCCGACAUUGCAUGAAGACGGUCCCAAAACGGAUUCUGAGGUCUUUAACCCACAAGAUGUGCAAUCAUGGCAAUCAAAAAGUCAACCUCGUGCACCGCCUAUGAAUGUUGCAGAGAUAUCGUUGAAUGAACCGUGGACAGUAGAAUCAGCAGCAAAUGAAAUUGAGACAUCAUCUAGGAAAGUAACGUCUAAAGUUCCUUUUUCAGAAGCAGUUGAAAAAACCAUUGAACCACCCAAUGAGGAGCUAGCUGCAGAAGAAGCUGAUGAGUCUGUUAACAAGGUUGUGAGGAAGGAAAAUACUCUACAGGAAGCUCAACCACAAACAAGGGCUGAUGACGAACCGAAUGAAUCACAAACUGAUAAGAUUCAAUCACUCGAAAACACCAUCAAAACAUUGAGUAAGGAUGUUGAAUUUUGGCGUCAACAGGCACUACAGAAUGAGAAAUUAUUUCAAAGUGUGUCCAAGCUAUUUUUCGAGGCGCUGAAAGUGGGAGGCUAUACAAUGCGGUCAGAUGAAUACGAUUACGAGAUGCAGACACUAUCCCCUGAAUUCAUUGAGCGAGCUCUCGGUGGAUUUGAGGCCAAAUAG